GCGGUUUGUAGUUGGAUAGGGUAUGCCAAAAAAAAAGCCUACUCCAACUGCUGGCCGUGUGUCAUUUCUCGUGCUGUUACUACUAGUAGCAGCCACGGGGCGUGCUUGGUGCCAUGGACAAGGGGGCAUGACAGGGCCCUUUCUCGGGUCAUGGUGCCAUGCAAGAGGCUCUCUGCAAGCGACCAGGUGUCUUUGGGACGGCGAGGCCCAUGUUGGAUAAUAUCUGGUGGCCUCGGGUAGACAAGUUGGCGGGGCACAAAUGAUUCGCCAUGUCCCAGCAUGCCACGAGUCUUGGGAGACAAAAAGAGUUGGCACAUGGCAGACAGACGCUCGACAAGUCGACAAGGCCGUCCACGAUCGACACCCGCCCUCGCUUACACGGCCCAACCUUGCGGCUUUACUCAGCUUGGGCGCGACAGGGAUACCAGGCAGAUCGUCUUAUUAGGUUGAGCGCAGAGCCACUUGGUAAGGCAUUUACCAAGCCCUCAGCAACGGCCUUACUCAUCCUGAGUCCGCCUGGCUCGUGGUCCCGCCUCAGAUGAUUAGAAACCUGAAGCUACCCAGACUACGCCAAGCCUGUGCCUAUGUCCAAACAAUCAAAGUGUAAACCG